AUGUAUCACGUCCGUCUUAAUCUCAAGUCAGCAGACAGAUAUCUCCCAUACCAGGCAUUUGACACUAUGCAGGUCGUCAACGAUCUCGCCGUCAGGCCUGAGGGCUGGGUCCAGCAUGUGCAGCGGUAUACAGCAAUCAUCUCCACGGCACUGCUCUACGGCUGGAGGACUCUAGCAACCGACACAAGCUACGUGAAGGAUUUGCUUGAGUGGAUGGACGUUACCACCGAGGCCGCCAACUUUCAACUGGUGGGUUUCUAUCGCUUUUUACGUUCCUUAUCAUUCAUUGCCUUACUGGAUGCUCGCUAG